AUGACCGAAUCAUACAGCUCAAACGAUAUUUUGUUUAACUAUUACUCGAGUUUUCCUAAUAGUGAUAAGAAUAAACCAUGGAUUGACGUAUACCCGAGUUAUGUCACGAAAAACGUAGAAGACGAAUAUAAUGACCCUAAAAGUAAUUUAAAUUUUUUCAAAUCAGUCUCGAAACUACGUCACACUGAUACAUUAAAAAAAGGAGGUUUGGCAACUUACGUCUUCGACCAAGUUUAUGUACUGAUCAGAUAUCUAUCUGGAAAUGAGAACUAUACAUUAAUUAUGAACAUGGGUUCAAGAUCACAAACUGUGUGUUUAGCUAAUCAAGUUCCUAGAUUGUAUGGAUCAUUGACU